AUGUUUGGUCCCCUUCGUGUUCCUGUCCGUCGUGUGCUUCUAUCGCGUCGUAAUGCUUCGACUGAAAGUCUCAAGUGGUCCACUACUAUGAACAAGUCAUUGUCACUAUCAGAUCCUGCACUAUUUGACAUUAUUGAGCGUGAGAAACAACGCCAACGCAACUGCAUCAGCCUUAUUGCGUCGGAAAACUUUACUUCAGUGUCAGUACUGGACGCACUGGGCUCUAUAAUGUCAAACAAAUACUCGGAAGGAUACCCAGGCCAACGCUAUUAUGGUGGGAACCAGUUUAUUGACCAAGCAGAAGAACUCUGUCGUGCUCGAGCCCUGGAAGCUUUUAACCUUGAUCCGGAAGAAUGGGGAGUCAAUGUCCAGUCAUUAUCUGGCUCACCUGCUAAUUUUCAAGUCUAUACGGCUCUACUAGAGCCACAUGACCGUAUUAUGGCAUUGGAUUUGCCACAUGGCGGUCAUUUGUCCCAUGGUUAUCAACUUGGUCGGAAGAAGAUUUCGGCGACGUCCAUUUUCUUUGAGAGCAUGCCCUAUCGUCUAGACGAGAGCACGGGUCUUAUUGAUUACGAUGGACUGGAGAAGACAGCGGCACUAUUUCGACCGAAGCUUAUUGUUGCAGGCACUAGUGCGUACUCGCGUCAUAUUGAUUACGCGCGUAUGCGUGAGAUCUGUGACCAGCAGGACGCUGUGUUGCUUGGUGACAUGGCUCAUAUUAGUGGACUGGUAGCAGCUGGUGUUGUACCCUCGCCGUUCAAGUACGCGGACGUGGUGACUACGACAACUCACAAGUCACUGCGUGGACCCCGUGGAGCUAUGAUUUUCUAUCGGAAGGGUGUACGCCACACGGACAAGAAAAGUGGUAAAGAAGUCAUGUACGACCUGCAGCAGAAGAUUGACUUUGCCGUGUUUCCUGGUCUCCAGGGUGGACCGCAUAACCACACAAUUGCUGCUUUGAGCACGGCCUUGCUCCAGGCACAGAGUUCUGAGUUUAAGUCGUACCAGUCGCAAGUGAUUGCGAAUGCUCGUGCCAUGGUGGCUGAAUUGAUGAAGCGUGGCUACGAGGUGAUAUCAAAUGGCACGGACAACCAUUUGGCUCUCGUAGAUGUGAAGAAGUCGCGUGGCAUUGAUGGCGCUCGUGUCGAGUUUGUGCUUGAGAGUGCCAAUAUGGUGGUGAACAAGAACACGGUGCCUGGUGACAAGAGUGCGUUUGUGCCUGGUGGAAUUCGUCUUGGUGCCCCUGCGUUGACCACGCGUGGAUGCACGGAAGAGGAUUUCCAUCAAGUGGCUGCCUUCCUUGAUGAAGGUGUCAAGCUCACGGCUGAGCUGAAUGAGCGUGCUCGUGCACAGGGCAUGAAGAAGGUGAAGGACUUUAAGGAGUUUGUUGCAAAAGACGCUGAGGCGAUGGAGAAAGUGGAGGCGCUGAAACGCAAUGUGACUGCGUUUGUGCGGCAGUUUCCUACCAUUGGCUUCAGUGAAGAAGACAUGAAGUACAAGGACUAG